UUAUUGUCACUACAAGAAGCUGUAGCGGAUACCUGGCUCUAGAGCAUUUUAGAAUACAUAUUCUUUGCAACAUUUAUGCACAUUCAUCGGCAAACUUGAUAAAAUAAAAAUGGUUCAGUGCGGCUACAUUCACGCUGUAGCCAUCUUGCCAAACGACGGAAUACGCGGGAAGGCGACCGGAGGAAUUCCCGUCUACAAUCAUAGUGUCGUACUGCCCUGCAGAGUGGAAACAUUCGGAAGAAUCACUUUCUUUGCUUUUAACUGGGGUUGCAAACACGUGUUUUUGCCGGUGGUAUCAAAGUUGUAUUUAUCGAGGUAACUUGUUGCUGAAGGUAAAAUGAAUGAAAUCACCGAUGAAAAUGAUGAUGAUGAGAAAAACAAUGGAAGGAAUGAGAGUAACAGUCAGAAUGACAAUAUAAACAAUCAUGAUGAUAAAAAAAUGAAACCACUUGAGGACAAUGAGAUUGAAAGUGUUAAAUUUUUUGUUGCUGUCAAAUUUAUUGACGACAAGGAGAAACAUCAUGUUAUUGUAACCUCAGAUAAAGUACUAAAGUUCGAUCCAGUAAAGACAGAACGUAAAAAGUAUAAAAAUCCAUACAAAGUUUUAAAAUACGACACUGACAGACAACAAGAAUUUGCAGUACCUGCUAAUAUUUUAGACCAUUCAGAUUCGUUAGUGGAUCUGAAAAAUCAACACAAAAGAUACGUUUAUCCAAAGUCUAGGUUAAGUGAUGCUCUAGAAAAGCUAGCUCAAGAGUCAGAAAGCGAGGAUGAUGGUUUAGAUACCAAAGAUCAAAUUAAGAAAGAUAGAAAAGAUAAAGUAAUGCGACAAAAGAAAAACCAGACUGUGCCUUCUAAUACAAGAAAAAAUGUAAAUAAAUGCGAUAACAUGCAGAUGGUUGAUAAGCAGACGCAGAGAGAAUUGAUUAAAAGAAAAGCACAACAAUUGCUCAAAGAUAAUGAAACGGUAUCAAGUAUGAAGCAAAUGAAAAUGAAUAAAGUUUCAGCAAAUUACAAAUUAGAUUUUUCUAAUAAUACUUAAUGCGAUACUGGCCUAGUAUCAGAAAAUACAGAUAAUAUUGAUUCCCAGAUAAAUACAUUAAAUAAAAAAAUAAAUGCCUUGGAAGAAGAAAUAGAUGAGAAGGAUAAAGAAAUUGAUAACUUACAAUUAUCUCUUGUACUCGCAAACUCUACUU